AGAAUUUGGUGCCUCCUUUAAAAAGCCUUGGCCACUGAUAACUUCUUAUUUUCAUCACCUCACCUGAGGAAGAAAGGUGUUCAUCACCUACUAAUUCCAAGCUGUAUUGACCGUAAGGAGCCUACUGGAUAGUUGGUCUGAACUAAGAAAGCAGAGGAUGGAGCUUUACAUGUUUCUUCUCCUGUUAGCAGGACUAAUAGGAACAGGAACUGCACAGUCCACAACUACCGCAACAACCGUUACAACAGGAUCAACAUCUGGUGGAACCUCAGCAACGCAGACUUCCACCCAGCCAGGAACUACUGCCGUUACAACAGGAUCAACAUCUGGUGGAACCUCAGCAACGCAGACUUCCACCCAGCCAGGAACUACUGCCGUUACAACAGGAUCAACAUCUGGUGAAACCUCAGCAACGCAGACUUCAACCCAGCCAGGAACUACUGCCGUUACAACAGGAUCAACAUCUGGUGGAACCUCAGCAACGCAGACUUCAACCCAGCCAGGAACUACUGCCGUUACAACAGGAUCAACAUCUGGUGAAACCUCAGCAAAGCAGACUUCCACCCAGCCAGGAACUACUGCUUCAACAACAACUACGACAACUGCUGCUCCAACUACAACCACAACUAGAAGACCUCCCCCACCACCAGAGCCAAAGAUUGAGUUACAAUUCAGUGUGCAGGAAACUUUCUCUGAGGAUUUGAAGGACGAAACCUCACCAAGAUUCAUAGAGCUCAAGGGAGAAGUAACUAAAGGGCUGGAUAAAACCUAUAGGGACCAAUUUGGGGAUGAAUUCAACAGAACUGAAGUCCGAGGAUUCAGGCAAGGAUCAAUUAUAGUUGAUGCUGAGCUGAUAUUCAAUAACAUCACAACACUACCAAAUACCAGUGAUGUGACUGAGACUUUAAAGAAUGCAACCACUAGCAACGCUUUCAACUUCACUGUCAAUACACAAAGUAUUUCUGCAAGAGUUGCACCACCUCCUACAACUGCAGCUCCAACUACAGCAACACCAUCAGCAACUUCAAACAUGACAGCAAAUUCAACUGCAACUCCCAUGUCAACAACUUCAAACAUGACAACAAAUUCAACUACACCUACCAUGACAACAACUUCAAACAUGACAACAAAUUCAACUACACCUCCCAUGACAACAACUUCAAACAUGACAACAAAUUCAACUCAACCUCCUGCAACAGCAAAUUCAACAACUUCUCCAGCCAAUGGAACAUCAGCACAACCACAUAAUCAGACAACUCCUACAACUCAAGUUCCUGUUACAACCAUGAUGACUACUGUUCCAGCAGAUUCAAGGGUCAGGCUGGGAUUUAGUUUGGACCAACAAUUUGAAAGUGGCCUAGAAAACCCUCAAUCGUCAGUAUUUAGGAACCUGGCAGAUAGACUAGAAAUACAACUCUUUAACAGCUUUAGGAGAAGGUUUAGGUUCCUUUUGAGAGUCCUGAUCUUGAGAUUCAGACCAGGUUCAAUUCAAGUUGAUUCUGAGCUGCAAUUUCCAAAUGCAAGCGCUGUGCCAGAGCCUAGAGCAGUAGAAAACGCUCUGGUGGAAGAAGCAAAUACCAGCUCCAACUUCACACUUGUUCCAGGAAGUGUUGUUGUAACAAGGGCUAAUGAAACUACAAAUUCAACUACACCUCCUAUGACAGCAACUUCAAACAUGACAGCAAAUUCAACUACAUCUCCCAUGACAGCAACUUCAAACAUGACAGCAAAUUCAACUACACCUCCCAUGACAGCAACUUCAAACAUGACAGCAAAUUCAACUACACCUCCCAUGACAGCAACUUCAAACAUGACAGCAAAUUCAACUACACCUCCCAUGACAGCAACUUUAAACAUGACAGCAAAUUCAACUACACCUCCCAUGACAGCAACUUCAAACAUGACAGCAAAUUCAACUACACCUCCCAUGACAACAACUUCAAACAUGACAGCAACUUCAAACAUGACAGCAAAUUCAACUACACCUCCCAUGACAGCAACUUCAAACAUGACAGCAAAUUCAACUACACCUCCCAUGACAGCAACUUCAAACAUGACAGCAAAUUCAACUACACCUCCCAUGACAGCAACUUCAAACAUGACAACAAAUUCAACUACAACUCCUGCAACAGCAAAUUCAACAACUUCUCCAGCCAAUGGAACAUCAGCACAACCACAUAAUCAGACAACUCCUACAACUCAAGUUCCUGUUACAACCAUGAUGACUACUGUUCCAGCAGAUUCAAGGCUCAGGCUGGGAUUUAGGUUGAACCAAACAUUUGAAAGUGGCCUAGAAAACCCUCAAUCGUCAGUAUUUAGGAACCUGGCAGAUAGACUAGAAAGACAACUCUUUAACAGCUUUAGGAGAAGAUUUAGGUUCCUUUUGAGAGUCCUGAUCUUGAGAUUCAGUCAAGGUUCAGUUGUUGUUGAUUCUGAGCUGCAAUUUCCAAAUGCAAGCUCUGUGCCAGAGCCUAGAGAAGUAGAAAACGCUCUGGUGGAAGAAGCAAAUACCAGCUCCAACCUUACACUUGUUCCAGGAAGUGUUGUUGUAACAAGGGCUAAUGAAACUACAAAUACAACAGCAAAUUCAACUACUGCCACUACAACUACAGCAGCAAAUUCCACUACUGCCAGUGCAACUACAACUUCAGGAUCGACAGGUCCUCCGACAGGCUCUGAGGGAAGCCUUAGCAUUAGAUUUAGUCUCAACAGAACCUUUAUACCAGCUCUAGCCACGAGCGGCUCGCCAGAAUUUAUUGAACUGGCUUCAACUGUCGUCAAAGAGAUUAACAGAAUUUGUAAGAUACUCUUUUCUGGAUUCCUGCGCUCACUGGUCAAUUCAUUCACGGAAGGAUCUGUAGUUACCAACAUGACUCUAGUGUUCAGAGACGCUUCUUCAGUUCCUGAUUUAAACACUGCUCAAUCCCAGCUGGCCAGCGCACUUCUUACUUCUAACGUCCUGAAUUAUAUAAAUGGAAGCCUGGUUGUUGAACCAACAACAACAUCAAGCAGUCCCCCUCAACCAACACUGGGCGGAUUAACUAUUUUCUCACUAACCAUGCUGGCUGUGGCACAGAUGCUGAUCAACUCAUAGUACUCUAAGUACAAUCAUUGUCAAUUGCUGCAACUGUGCAUGGAGUCAUAUGUAAAUUUGAUGUAGCACAUGUGCACAAUGAAAUUUACCAUUUGUUCAUGUGGUAAAAAGAUGUGUUGUGUGGGUCAAAGAUUACUAAAGCUUUAAAUUACUUUCCAAAUUGAAAUAAUGUCUUAUUUAAGUUAGUGAUUGAUAUAAUCCUUGCAAAAAUCUGUUUAUCUCUGUGUGUUUGUGUUUUCUUGAUAUGC